AUGGAGAACGCAUUAUUAUCGCAGUGUGGGAGGGUCUGUCUGUCCGAGUGCCCGGAUGUGUCCCUAAUCCCCCAAAACCAGAGAGCUUAUCAUGAUAGGCAGAGAGUUCAGAGCAUGCCCGUGUUCACCGGGAUGUGCUCAGAGGUAAGAAACGUACCGGUAUUUAGCUUGGUAGCUACCGGUAGCUUACUUGCGGGGUGGGUUGAGGACACAUUAUAGCUUAAGGAUGAGGUACAGUACGUAAUGACAAUGUGGAGAGGGAGAAUCUAUCAUAGUUUGAAGGUUUGUGUCUGAAGAAGGAUGUCUAACCAUGGACAUGUACAGUAUUAUCGUGCGGUUGGUUUGAUAUGGUCUGCCAGUCCUUACUUCUAUCCCAUGAACCAGAGAGUUUAUCGUCAGGACGAGCAGGUGCCGGCAGCAGGUGGGCUCAUUCAACAAAUCAGCAGGUUAGUCCUGUUGUUUCUAUGACUGGGUGCACGGGAAAGACAGCUUGAUGUCAACAUUUUCAGACAGGUAGAUGGAAUGAAUGGAAUGGAUGGAGUGAUUGAUGAAUCUGACGGAUAUCCUCUUUCCCAAGCCUCUCCAUUCAUCGACUACCGGUACCUCCCGUGAAUAAUACUUAUCCUGCUGCACUUCACAGUGCGUGAUACAGUACCUACAAUCCUUCUUUUUUUCUCUUUUCCGUAGACUACAAGGACUACGAGUACAACAUAGUAUUUCUUCCCAACUACGGUAACUACACUUCUCACCCUCGUAUCCAUUGAACUUCAAACAAGUAGUUUAGUUGUCUCUCCGCCGACUGAAUACAGAGGUUCUCUCUCAUAAUAAUGAGGACUUGAUUC